AUGAUCAGUCUCACAGACCUCUACCAUGUUCUCACCGCUGUGGUACCACUCUACGUGGCCAUGAUUUUGGCUUAUGGUUCAGUCAAAUGGUGGAAAAUCUUUAGCCCUGACCAAUGUUCAGGGAUCAACAGAUUUGUUGCUCUAUUUGCAGUACCGUUGCUUUCUUUUCACUUCAUUUCCUCCAACAACCCCUACGCUAUGAACUACAGGUUCAUUGCAGCAGAUACUCUCCAAAAAAUUAUAGUCUUGGUUGUCUUAGCUAUUUGGUCAAGAGUUAGCUCUAGAGGCUCUCUUGAAUGGUCCAUCACUUUGUUUUCACUCUCUACCCUUCCUAACACUCUUGUUAUGGGUAUUCCUUUGUUGAAGGGUAUGUAUGGAAACGACUCAGGGACUCUUAUGGUCCAAAUAGUUGUUCUUCAAUGCAUAAUAUGGUACACAUUGAUGCUGUUCUUGUUUGAGUAUAGAGGAGCUAGAAUAUUGAUUGGUGAACAGUUUCCUGAUACUGCUGGCUCUAUAAUAUCAUUCAGGGUUGACUCUGAUAUUCUUUCUUUAGACGGUAGGGAGCCAUUGCAAACUGAUGCCGAAGUUGGUGAAGAUGGGAAGUUACAUGUUACUGUUAGGAAAUCAACUAGUUCAAGAUCGGAAGUCUUUUCUCGGAUGUCUCAUGGUCUGAACUCAGGCCUUUCCAUGACUCCUAGGCCAUCUAACUUAACCAAUGCAGAGAUAUAUUCCCUUCAGUCUUCAAGAAAUCCGACCCCAAGAGCAUCCAGUUUUAACCAUACUGAUUUUUAUUCCAUGGUUAAUGGCAAGAAUGCAAGCAAUGCCAGUCCAAGACAUUCUAACUUCAGUAACUUGCAAUUCGAUGAAGAAAGUGGAGGACUUGGAGUGUUUGGUAAUGUUCCAAGAGCAAACGGAAGUGCUUAUCCUGCUCCACCGAACGCUGGGAUCUUUUCUCCCGGGGGUAAAAAGAAGGCAAAUGGGGCUGAGAAUGGCAAGGAUUUACAUAUGUUUGUUUGGAGUUCAAGUGCUUCACCAGUAUCAGAAGGUGGCUUACAUGUCUUUAGGGGAGGGGAUUAUGGCAAUGACCUUGGUGGGGUAGCUCACCAAAAGUUAUUGGGCACAAAAGUUUUGUUUUUUUCUUGGGACCUUGUGUUUAUUGGGAGAAGCUCUUCCCAUUUUGCCUUUGGCAUGGGCAUGGCCUUGAUGCUUUAUCGACAAGAUUAUGAUGAGUUUGGUCGAGAUGAGUUCAGCUUUGGAAACAGACCUGGACCUAAUGGGGUGGACCGAGACGGUCCAGUGCUUUCUAAGCUUGGUUCAAGCUCCACAGCGGAGCUACACCCCAAGGGCGCUGCUAAUGGUGAACCCAAGCCAACUGCCAUGCCUCCUACUAGUGUUUUGACAAGACUCAUUCUCAUUAUGGUGUGGAGAAAACUUAUCAGAAAUCCCAAUACUUAUUCCAGCCUCAUUGGCCUCACCUGGUCUCUUGUUUCAUUCAAGUGGAACGUAGAGAUGCCUCAAAUCAUUGCUCAUUCGAUAUCUAUUUUAUCUGAUGCUGGUCUCGGAAUGGCCAUGUUCAGUCUAGGUUUGUUCAUGGCAUUGCAGCCUAGGAUUAUUGCUUGUGGAAACUCAGUUGCUGCCUUUGCCAUGGGUGUUAGAUUCCUCACAGGUCCUGCAGUCAUGGCUGCUGCUUCAUUUGCUGUUGGACUACGAGGAGUUCUACUGCACAUUGCUAUAGUCCAGGCAGCUCUUCCACAAGGGAUUGUGCCCUUUGUCUUUGCAAAGGAAUAUAAUGUUCAUCCCGACAUACUAAGCACUGGUGUUAUAUUUGGGAUGCUAAUUGCUUUACCAAUCACACUGGUUUACUAUAUUUUGCUGGGACUUUGA